GGCUGGACCAUGAGCUGGCUUUCUCCAAGAUCAUUGUGGAGCUGUGGAAGAAGCACCCGGGCCACAUCCUGCCGGAUGAGGACCUGCAGUGGGUGUUUGUGAAUGCAGGCAGGUGGAUGGGCUCCAUGUGCCUCCUGCACGCCUCGCUCACCGAGUAUGUGCUGCUCUUCGGGACAGCCGUCGACACCGGGGGCCACUCAGGUCGGUACUGGGCAGAUAUCUCUGACACCAUCAUCUCAGGGACCUUCCAGCAGUGGAAGGAGGGGACCACCAGAAGUGAGAUCUACUAUCCAGGGGACACCAUUGUGCACCAGGUGGGAGAGGCCACGUCAGUGCAGUGGAGCGCAGACUGGAUGGUGGAGUACAGCCGGGGCUUCAUCCCCUCCAUGCUCACCUUCGCCCUGGCUGACACCCUCUUCAGCACUCAGGACUUUGUCACUCUCUUUUACACCCUGCACGUCUAUGCCAAGGGCCUGCUCCUGGAAGCCAAUGCCUUCUUCAGCACCUUGGGCUGCUGAGCCUGGCUCACUGGGGUGC